GCCAUAUACUGAGUCAGACCAUAGGUCCAUUUAGCUCAGGAUUGUCUACCCAGACUGGCAGCAGCGGCUUCUCCAAGGGUGCAGGCAGGAGUCUCUCUCAGCCCUAUCUUGGAGAUGCUGCCAGGGAGGGAACUUAACAAUGUUCUGCUCUUCUAGUCUCCCAUUCACAUGCAACCAGUGUGGACCGUGAUUAGCUAAGGGGACAAGUCAUGUUUGCUACCACCAGACCAGCUCUCCUCUCCUGUAGGAAACGCUUUCCUAUAGGUUCUUGAUGAGUCAUUUCCUCGAGCCCUUAAUGCUCUCCACUGGGACGACUAGCUUUCUCUGUGUUUCCCAAUCCUUCUCCACACAUUGGCCCUCUGCCUCCACUUUUUUAAUGGGGAUGACUGGAUAGAGGCUGCCAUUAAGCUGCAUCAUUCAGUGAUCUUGAGUAUCCCUCCUAGAUGGAUCCUGAUGAUCCCGAAGAGCUGGUGGCGGAGUUGCGUGGAAAGACCAUAGGUGGCUGGGACCUUUUGCAGAUGGCAGCAGGCGCUGGUGUGGCCGCCUAUGUAGUGUGGGCAGGAAUCCUCAUGCCAGGAUUCCGCAGAGUGCCUUUAAGGUUGCAGGUGCCGUAUGUCCCCGCAAGUGCCCAGCAAGUGGAGAACGUGAUGUUGCUCCUGAAAGGACGCUCUGGGAAGAUGGUGGAUUUGGGGUCAGGAGACGGCAGAAUAGUCCUAGAGGCCUACAGACGGGGCUUCAGGCCCGCAGUUGGCUACGAACUCAAUCCCUGGCUGUUGAGACUGUCUAACUAUCGUGCCUGGAAGGCCGGGUGCUACGGGGAGGUGUCUUACUUCCGAGAAGAUCUUUGGAAGGUGAAUCUGUCUGACUGUACAAGUGUAACUGUAUUCCUGGCGCCAAGUGUGUUGCCUCUUCUGGAAAGAAAGCUGCUCCUGGAACUUCCAGAUGAGGCCCGUGUGGUCGCCGGACGCUUCCCUCUCCCCAACUGGACACCCACCAGCUUGGCUGGCGAGGGUGUGAGCCGAGCCUGGGCCUACGAUAUCAAGCUUGUACGGCAAGCCGAGCAGGACAAACCAAAUGAAAGCCCAGUCUGAGAACUGGUCAGCUUGGGAGUCUACGGUUUGUAGAAAACAGGAGUUUUGCUUUGGCCUCUUUGGGGAGGCUAGAUGUGCCUGUUUCUAUGGCGGAACUUCACAGCUCCUUAAGGGGUUUCUCCAAGGUAGGAGGAGAGAACAGUGAGGUGAUUUGCCAGGAGAAGUCACAUGGUCUGAGCUUCCCUCCAGUGAGAAUCCUGCUUAGCAAGGAAACCAGUUCUGGAAACUCCCUAGAACCGACUCCGAGGUUCUCGACCUUGUGUCCCCAGACCCUGUUGGACUACAACUCCCAAGUUCCCUUUUGGCCAUGGUGCCUGGAGAGGAUGGGACUUGUGGUCCAGCAAGGUCUGGGGAGCUGAGUUUGAGAAGCCUUUUGCCAAAAGAUUGGACAGACUAAUUUGUUCAUUGUACAUGUUUGGUUUAAUUUAUUUGUAACAGACUCCAACAACAACACUUUUUAAAAAACUGA